GAACAAGCUGUCAUGAGUGGCGAGGAAUUAAAAGCCGCUCGCAAUUAAAAUAUAUAAGUUAGUAAUAGAUAUUACGUAGAACGAAGCGCUGCUCCGAAGAGCGCGAACCCGAACCAAGCCGUCCGACUUCCGAUAUUCCGAUAUUCCGCUACUGGCGGACUGGACAGGCGUUUCGCCAACUCGCUGCCAAAAAGCCACAAGUUAAAUAGUUAGUUAGUUGAUCGAGAAAGGGCCAAGCGGAUGGCCGUGAAAACGCAGCGCGCGAAAAAAGAAAAUAGAAAAUCGUCGCGAAAUCGUCGCACUCCUGAAAACUUACUUACUUGAGUCCCGUGAUUCGAAAAACAACGAGGUAUGACCAACCGGAGAAUGGAUACACUUGGGAUUUUCGUACUCAUCAGCUACUUGGGAUUAUCAAGUGCGGCCGGAGUUCAUCUGAGCGAUCUUCAACAGAAUCUGGCCGCCAAUGGAUCGGUGGUGCUGUCGCCUUUGAACACCACGGAUGCUUUCAGUGUGUCCAUCAACCUGUCGCAAUCCACUGUGAACAAUUGUCCUUCGCUGGAAAACGCAGAGUCCAUGGCGCAGAUGGAGCUGCUGACGAGACUAACCGCCGGCUGUCGCUAUGACAGGAUGGUUCCACCCGUGGUCCACAACAAAGAUGGCGAGGAGGUACCCAUGGACAUAUAUGCCCGGUUCUACAUAUAUGUGAUGAAGAACCUGGACUCGAGUGACCUGCAGUUUACGGUGCAGGGUCUGCUGCAGUUGCGCUACUUGGACCCGCGCCUGGCCUUCUCCAGCUAUCUGCCCAACCGGAGGCAGCCCAUAAUGGGGGAGUCUGAGCUGAAGAAGAUGCUCUGGGUGCCACACAUAUUCCUGACCAACGAACAGGCCUCCACUGUGCUGGGUACCAGCGCCAAGGACGAGCUGACCAGCAUUUAUCCGAAUGGCACGGUUCUGACUUCCACGCGGCUGCAGGCCACGCUGUACUGCUGGAUGAACUUCCAGAAGUUUCCGUUUGAUGAGCAGAAGUGCAAGACCACACUGGAAAGUUGGAUGUACAACACCACGCUGGUGCAACUCCACUGGGAGACCGAUAACCCAGUCAGCUUCGACAAGCAGCUUCAGCUGACGGAAUACAACCUGAUUGGGUCGCUGUACAACGAGUCCAUCCGGGUGUCCAACGAAUCCUACAUGUCCCAUGGCUCCUUGGAGGGCAACUACAGCAUCAUCAGCUUCACCGUCCUGCUGACUCGGGAGGUGGGCUACUACGUGAUCGACUACUUUCUGCCCUCGAUCAUGAUAGUCACCAUUUCGUGGGUGUCCUUCUGGCUGCAGGCGGAUCAAACCCCCGCCAGGACUACUCUGGGCUGCACCACGCUCCUCUCCUUCAUCACUCUGUCCUUGUCCCAGGAGAACAAUCUGAUGAAGGUGAGCUACGUGACCAUGUCGGAGGUGUGGUUCCUGGUCUGCACCAUCUUCAUUUUCGGCAGCCUGGUGGAGUUCGCCUUUGUCAACACCAUCUGGAGGCGAAACAACGAUCUGCAGCUCAAGAAGCGAACCACCAAGUAUAUAGUCAAGUCCACAUUUGUGCCACAUCUGAAGAAACAUCGGCGGCAUGGAUAUAAAAGGACCGAUAGCACUAUGAGCACCAUGAGCACCACCAGCAUGGACAAGACCUGCGGUCCCAACAACACCGUGAUCACCAUAGAGACCCCCAUCAUAAUCGGAGGCAGUCUCAGUCGUGAGGACUCGGCCAUUAGCUUGGACGAGCAGGACGAGACCUCCACCUCGGAGUCCAGCGAUUCGUCGAAGGUGAAGCCCGCGCAGACCUUCGCCACCAUGACACCCAAGGAGGUGUCCCUGUGGAUCGACCGCAAGAUGCGGUUCGUCUUCCCUCUGUCCUUCAUCGUGUUCAACGCCUUGUUCUGGACCCUGGUCUACUGCCUUUGAGGCGUUCGUCAGGGAAAGAGAGCCAUUCUGUGAUCCUGGAGCAUCCUCACCCUUGCCUCACUAGCCUUAGUUCCCAAAGGUACGAAGACACUUGCUUAACGUUCGGCCGACUGACUAAAUCUUCUCGCAAGGACACUAAUCUUGUCAAAACCCCACCUAUGCUAUGGCAAUAAAUGUUUUCAGGCUCUGCAAUGCGAAAAUGGUGUAAUUAUUCCCCCAGUCGGCCGAAUCUUGAGCAAGUGUCGCGCACCCUUAGUCCACAAAUCCCCGCCAGGUGAUGGGGAGAUCCCUCCUCUCCGGGGCAGUACGUGUUAUGUAGUCUGUAUUUGUUUCUAAUAAAUUAUACGUUUUGAUACAACA